UCUCCGAUACAGUAGGCGGCGGUAUGCACAUUCUAGUUGGUAAGAAUAGUAAGAUGGUAGAAAAAGAAUUGUUGAUCUAUGGAAGAUGUUGGCGCUGGAUACUGGUGUUCCAAAUUGCAAUUUAUUGAGUUUAAUCUGGCAUUAAUGCCGUCCAUGAACCGAUUACAGUUUACAGUAGGGCUGGCCAGUCAACUUGCAGGUAGUGAUGUCUCCUCGGCUGCUAUGGACGUUUUUCACGCCCGUGGGCAGGAGAGCUUUGUGUACUUGUGCUCCCAUGAGUUGGGGAACGUCACACCAUAUUUCUUGUUUUCAACGCGAGAGUACUCCGCCACAAGGAUUGGUGAAGUACACCUGCCCCAUCUACGUACGAAAUUACACACAACGUGGGACCACGGCACUUCAAACUAAUGGAUCGGUACUACAACCUCUGUUCUGCGCGGAUAACUUUAGCCAUAGAUCUCCAACUGCGUUAAAGUUGUCAGAUGAACCAUGGAGGACAUGGCUGAUGCAGAUGCGCUUCAGAUCUACCACUGCCAACAGGUCGGUGCUGAAAGAGGGUGGCCUGCCCGGUAAACGAACCCUAAAAGGCCCUAGAACGAAACAGCCGUCAAGAGCCAAUCAGCCAGUGCCAGAGGAGGACUUGGAUGUAAUGCAGAGCAUUGCUUUUGCCACAGCGGACCAGUACCAUUUGCCCACUCUCUGCCACGACUUAGUAGCCAAUGGCUUCUAUGAAAUUACAGACCUGCCAAGAGAUGCCGCCAAUGUGCUGGUGAUGGGAACAGACAACAUAUCCAAACCAAAUGACAAUGCUAUGAUGUUCUUCUUCAGGGAAGGGUCUGUGGUUUUCUGGAAUGUUGAGGAGAAAACUAUGAAGUCUGUGAUGCGGCUCCUGGAACGGCAUGAAAUUCAGCCGUAUGAGGUGGCUUUGGUCUACUGGGAAAAUGAAGAGAUCAACUACACUAUUGGAGAGGGAAACUCCAAGCUUCAUCGUGGAAGUUUCCUUCUCAAUGGUGAUAUGGACUAUGAGCAGUUGGUUCUGGAAAAGUUUGCCUUCUCCAAUGCUCUGUCUCUAUCUGUUAAGUUGGCCAUAUGGGAAGUCUCUUUGGACAAUUUUGUGGAGUCAAUCCAGUCAAUCCCAGAGAUGCUGAAAUCUGGCCAGAGGGUCAAACUCUCUAGGUCUGAUGUCCUGCAGAAAAUUGGAGAACUUUUUGCUUUAAGGCACUGUAUAAACCUAAGUUCCGACCUGCUGAUCACCCCAGACUUCUACUGGGACAGAGAGAACCUGGAGCAGCUGUAUGACAAAACCUGCCAGUUCCUCAGCAUCAACCGUAGGGUGAAGGUUGUGAAUGAGAAGCUGCAGCACUGUACAGAGCUUACUGACCUGAUGAGGAACCACUUGAGUGAGAAGCACAGUCUGAGACUGGAGUGGAUGAUUGUCAUCCUCAUUACCAUUGAGGUGAUGUUUGAGCUUGCCAGAGUGAUCUUUUGAAGAACAUUUUUGGUUGCCUGGGCACAAGAUUUAUUUUCGUCAUUUGCACUAAAAAAAAAGUAUAAAUAAAUAAAUAAACUACCUAACA